CUCGAUAUUAGGAUCUGCAACUGCACAAAGCCGCUCGGAUCCCACAAACCGACUCCGGGGCUGCAACAUAACUCAGCCUCUUAGCCUGGGGCACUACGGGUUUCUCCUGAGGAAAAAGAUCACCAUAAUCUGCAGGAGGAAAGCAGAGCCUAAGGAAUCAGCGAUCACAGAAAUUAUUCUGAAAAAAAUCUUUGGUGAAGCAACAAUGGCCGCUCCAACGAAUCGCCUGCACCACAGAAGACUGGUCCUGUUGUGCCUUUUCCUGGGGAGGCUGUGGGAGACCGGGGCUAGCCAGAUCCGCUACUCGGUACCUGAAGAGACAGAAAGAGGCUAUAUCGUGGGGAAUAUCUCCAAGGAUCUGGGGCUGGAGCUCCGCGAGCUGGCGGAGCGGGGAGUCCGCAUCGUCUCCAGAGGUAGGACGCAGCGCUUUGCUCUGAACCCGCGAAGCGGCAGCUUGGUAACCGCGGGCAGGAUAGACCGGGAGGAGCUCUGCGCUCAGAGCGCGCGGUGUCUGGUGAACUUUAAAGUCCUGGUUGAAGACAGGGUGCAGCUUCACGGAAUAGAAAUAGAAGUAACUGAUAUCAACGAUAAUAAUCCGAAAUUCCAGGUCGAAAAUCUAGAAGUAAAAAUUAACGAAAUUGCUUUGCCCGGAACACGUUAUCCACUCCCAGACGCUGUUGACCCCGAUGUGGGCUUGAAUUCCCUGCAGAGCUAUCAGCUCAGCCCCAAUCACCACUUCUCCCUGGACGUGCAAACUGGAGAUGACGGAACUAUAAGCCCAGAGCUGGUGCUGGAGCGUGCCCUGGACCGCGAGGAGGACGCUGCUCACCAUCUGGUCCUCGUCGCCUCCGAUGGCGGCGAACCGCGUCGCUCUAGCACAGUGCACAUCCGAGUGACAGUGUUGGAUACAAACGACAAUGCCCCGGUUUUUGCCCAACCGGUUUACCGAGUGAAAGUCCCAGAGAACGUGCCCCCGGGCACCUGGCUGCUUACUGUAAGCGCUAGCGACCCGGAUGAGGGAACCAACGGAGAAGUGGCUUAUAAAUUCUGGAAAAUUAGUGAAAAACAAUCUCCGUUAUUCCAGCUUAAUGGAAAUACUGGCGAAAUAUCAACAGCAAAGAGUUUAGAUUAUGAAGAAUGUGCAUUUUAUGACAUGGAAAUACAGGCUGAAGAUGGUGGGGCAUUGAAGGAUUGGACCAAAGUACUCAUUUCAGUGGAAGAUGUCAAUGACAAUAGACCCGAAGUGACCAUUACAUCUUUGUUUAGUCCAGUGAGGGAAGAUGCUCCUCAAGGAACAGUAAUUGUUCUUUUCAAUGCACAUGACCGAGACUCUGGGAAGAAUGGCCAAGUUGUCUGUUCCAUCAAGGAGAUUCUACCUUUUCAAUUAGAAAAGUCAGUAGAAGAUUAUUAUAGAUUGUUGACAGUCCGAAAUCUUGACCGAGAAAAAACCUCUGAAUAUAACAUCACAGUGACCGCAACAGACAGAGGAACACCAUCCCUGUCCAUGGAAAUUCACAUCACCCUGCACGUGGUCGACGUCAACGACAAUCCACCCUCCUUCUCUCAAACCUCCUACUCAGUCUUUCUCCCUGAGAACAACCUUAGAGGCACCUCCAUCUUCUCGGUGACAGCCCACGACCCCGACAGCAAUGAGAACGCUCGGGUUGUUUACUCCUUAGUCGAAGACACCAUCCAAGGGGCGCCUCUCUCCUCCUAUGUCUCCAUCAACUCCAACACUGGUGUGCUAUACGCGCUGCACUCCUUCGACUACGAGCAAUUUCGCGAUCUUCAAAUGCAGGUGAGGGCAAGCGACAGCGGGGACCCACCUCUCAGCAGCAACGUGUCACUGAGCUUGUUCGUGCUGGACCAAAACGACAAUAUGCCAGAAAUCCUGUACCCCAUGCUUCCCACCGAUGGCUCCACGGGUGUGGAGCUGGCACCCCGCUCCGCAGAGCCCGGAUACCUGGUGACCAAGGUGGUGGCAGUGGACAGAGACUCAGGCCAGAACGCCUGGCUGUCCUACCGCCUCCUCAAGGCCAGCGAGCCAGGUCUCUUCACAGUGGGGCUGCACACGGGCGAGGUGCGCACAGCGCGGGCCCUGCUGGACAGAGACGCGCUUAAGCAGAGCCUGGUGGUGGCGGUCCAGGACCACGGGCGGCCCCCUCUCUCAGCCACUGUCACGCUCACAGUGGCAGUAGCGGACAGCAUCCCCGACGUCCUGGCUGAACUAGGCAGCUUUGAGUCUCCCGCCAGCCCUGACGACUCAGGCCUCACGCUGUACCUGGUGGUGGCGGUGGCCGCGGUCUCCUGCGUCUUCCUCGCGUUUGUCAUUGUGCUGUUGGCGCUCAGGCUGAGGCGCUGGCACACGUCGCGUCUGCUCCAGGCUUCAGCAGGCGGGUUAGCGGGUGUGCCCACGUCUCACUUUGUGGGCGUGGACGGGGUGCGGGCUUUCCUGCAGACCUAUUCCCACGAGGUCUCGCUCACAGCAGACUCGCGGAGGAGUCACGUGAUCUUCCCGCAGCCCAACUACGCGGACACGCUCGUCAGCCAGGAGAGCUGUGAGAAAAGCGAGCCUUUGUGCGCUUCAGAUGAUUCCAGGUUUCCUAUAGAAGACACCCCUUUGGUUCCACAAGCCCCGCCCAACACGGACUGGCGUUUCUCUCAGGCCCAGAGACCCGGCACCAGCGGAUCCCAAAAUGGUGAUGAAACCGGCACCUGGCCCAACAACCAGUUUGACACAGAGAUGCUGCAAGCCAUGAUCUUGGCCUCCGCCAGUGAAGCCGCUGAUGGGAGCUCCACCCUGGGAGGGGGUGCCGGCACCAUGGGCUUGAGUGCCCGCUACGGACCCCAGUUCACCCUGCAGCACGUGCCCGACUACCGCCAGAACGUCUACAUCCCUGGCAGCAAUGCCACUCUGACCAACGCAGCUGGCAAGCGAGAUGGCAAGGCCCCGGCAGGUGGCAACGGCAACAAGAAGAAGUCGGGCAAGAAGGAGAAGAAGUAAUGCGGAGGCCAGGCCUUGGAGCCACAGGGCAGCCUCCCUCCCCAACCAGCCCAGCCUCUCCCUAGCUGUGCCCAGGCCUCGGAUU